AUGGUCAUCAUCAGUCGGGAGAACCUGCAAGAGUUCGACGCUGGGCCAAUUCUAACCUCUUUUAAAGAGAUCCCGCCCGGUGACCACUCGCUGACCCCCUUCGAAUUGGCGUAUUUCGAUGAUUUGGCCACGACGUUGGUGGUCGACCCUUUGUUAGGAUUUAUCACACACAAGAUGCAUAAAAGAAAGCGUUAUUUGAAACACUUGGAAGGGGAUCGCGCGCGCGAGAUUGCGCGGAAUUUUGUGCAGAUGGGCGACGUUCGGGCAACCUUGCAAGAUUAUCUGGCCAUUCCGUCCGUGCAAACGUUUCUCACCGGCUACCCACUGAACAAGCGACGUGAAUUUCGAGACCAUGUACUACGCUUCCUGCAAAUGUUCUCCGUGAAGAGUGGAUUUUCGAUCGAAAAAUGCGCGCGCUACUCGCAGGAGGGCAAUGUGGGCGCCAGGUUGAUAGCGACAAGGGCUUGGCGCAAGGGCGAAAAGCUGUCCCGGCUUUGUGGCGUCAUCAGCGCCAUGACGGAAAAGGAGGAAGACACUUUCCUUUUACCAGGUGUCAACGACUUUUCAGUGAUGUAUAGCACAAGGAAACAAUGUGCACAGCUUUGGCUCGGGCCCGGCGCCUACAUCAAUCAUGACUGCAACCCGACUUGCCACUGGGUCCCAGCUGGAAAAUCGGCCGUUAUUGAGGCUAGCCGCGACAUCGAGGCCGGCGAUGAAAUAACGAUCUACUAUGGCGAGGGAUUUUUCGGUGAAGAAAAUGAGCGCUGCGAAUGUGUUACGUGCGAACGACGGGGCACCGGCGCUUUCAUGGGAGCAGAUGAAAAUCGUGACACCCUCUCCGGGGCUAGCGUCGAAUUGGACUCGGACAAAUUACGCAGAGUCACAAGGUAUGGCCUUCGCGAACGUCGUGGCUCCUCCCUGUCCUCG